AUUCACAUCGUCAUUCUGUUGGUGGGUUACUAUCUGAUUUUGUCCAUCGAGCUGUAGACUAAGCGUACCGAUAACUGUCGGAGAAACAUCAUGAAGUGCUCAAUGCUAUCGCUGCUUAUGUUUGGCCUCUGCAUGGCCAGUGUCCAGGGGCUAAAAUGCUACUCUUGUAGCUACACCAAUGUUGCCCCUAGGUACAUGUCGUUCUGUGGACAUCCCUUCGAUGCAAAAUCGCCUGAGGCGAAAUCGUCUAUCGUUUCUUGUAACGGAACUUGCAUAGCAUCGAAAGGCAGGAUCUACUAUGAUGGUGGCUACGUCGAAGGUAUAGAGCGAACAUGUUCUGACAGGGACGUCUCGACGUGCUCCAACGAGUGUGGAUCGGUGGGAGACGUGGCAGGUUGCGAGCACUGCUGUGAUGACGCUGACCUCUGCAACAGCGCAUGCCCCGUGACCUUUAACAUAGCAGUGGUCGUCACCAUAUUGGUUGUGACCGUGGCUUUUUAAACGGAAGGCAAAUUGAUCGUCACUUUCUCAAUAAGUGCGUGUCAUUGUUUGGUUAAUUAGUAACAUUCAGAUAUAAAUAUUCAUGAGUUGUGACGAUCUGAUACACGGUACCUUGUGGAGACAUGGGUAUAAUACGGAACAAAAUAUUGUACACGUCUCCACAUGGCAUUUUCUAUAGGUGAAUACGUUUCCACAAGGUUAUCACGAAAUAGAUGUAUGGAUUUUACUCAAAAACUAGGAAUUUCCAAGGUGUGUUGAUGUGUCGCAAAUAGAAGUAUUUUAUGUAAGGGAUAUUAAGACCGAUUUCAGCAGAGGAAAUUAAUUCUGGUUAAAAUAGGAGCAUUUUGAAACCAGAUUUUCACAUUAUAAAAUUUUAGUACACGAGAACAAAGAAAUGACUCCACAAGGAUAACAAUUUCAGUAUAGGCCUAUUUGAUGUUUUGGUUGUUCUCAAUAUAAGAGGCCCUGACCCUACACUUUUAACAAUUUAAGUGUGAGAUGAUUAUUUUGGUAUAAGAAGUAGAGAACACUGAAACGUUGUCUUCCAGCUAUUUUUACAUGUCAGACAAACUGGGUAAACGUAAUCUUGCGGUUAAACAGACCUUUUUUUUUUUAAAUAUAGAUGGUAAUUUUGUGUUUAUUGUAACUUGGGCUCCAUUGUGAAAUGAACCAAUGAUCAGAUAUUUUUGUCUAGAUGGGUUGAUUGAAGUGGUGUCUGCAAAGUUUCAAACUAAAAUUCCUUUUGAUA